AUGGGUGCGGGUUUCUCGCUUGGCUCUGCCAAGGGCAGAUCAUCAAAGUCAGGUGCAUCUCAGAAAUAUGCGUCAGAAGCCCCCAGGAACUGGGAAGUGUUCGUGGAGGCUCUGAGGGAAUGGAAGGAGCGGCUUCGUACCUCGCCGGGGACGUUGGAGUGUAUGGCGUCGGGCUACAUAUCUUUUGCCGAAUACCAAAGGAUUGGUGUGACUUUCAAGCAACUCGCAGAUUGUUUUAAUGCUCGGGCAGUGUCGCCAGGGCAGUCGCGGACCACUAACAUGACUUCAAUUCAGUCGAUUCCGGACGUGGAUCCCCUGCAGGCCACCAUUGACGUUGUUAAGGAGCACAUGUCGUUUGUUUCCUAUUUGUCCAAGUCAGCUCCUUUUCAUGUCAUGCUGGAGAUAAUCAUGUGCAGCGCUGCCGGGCUUUCAUGCGAUGCCUUGGACACCUACACUUCGCCCAAGAUGCUGGAUGAAAUGUGCGCGGAAAUUGACAAAUCCCUUCAUAACACCUUGAAAGCCACAGUGUUUCGUCUAAAGGGGUGCUUGGAUGUACUGCCAGUGGAUAUUGUCAGCACCAAGAACAACUACUACAACUGUUCAGAACCUAUUUUGGCGCCAUUCAUCUCAUGCCUUGCAACUACAAGCCGAAAGUUUGAAUUUUUCGUUUCACUUGAGGAGCGUGUGAAAAUGCUGAGCGGCGUCAAAAGUUUUCGUUCUGCGGAGGAAUUGAUCGAGGCGGUACGGUCCAUCUCGUCCUUCCUCUCUGAUAUACUCGCAUGUUUCACGCUUAGGGUACUCCUCCAUAUCGCACGGUUCAUUCAUACGGCGCCAGAGUUGGUGGAAGACGAUGAAGAGGUGGAUGAUAAAACGAAGAAGAAGGACACAGCAAACGACGUUGAACUGGACUUAAGCGGCCUUGAGGAGCACGUCAUUGGCGUCUGUAGGGAUUUUGAAAAGCUGCCAGGAGAUGAUUUCACAAAGUGCCGGCGUCACUACCCACAUGUAUUUGCAUUUGGCGACUACUUUCUCCAAUGGACGGAGUCAGAAGGGCGUCCACCAACGAUUGCUGUCGUCACCAACACCUUGUUAAAGCACAUGCUUCUCUUUGCCGGCGGGCUAAGAAGCAUUGCGGCUGACGAGAGGGUCUUUCGCUUAAAGCGAAUAAAAGAUGAUGAUGAUGUAUUGAAUGCAACUUCGUCGAGUUCGAGGCAGCCUCAUGUGCCAGCACUGGGCGCCCCUGUUUCUGGGUCUAACGGAGCUUCGUUGCCGGAUGAUGUUUCAUUGAACUCCGCCUUGCGCGUGGAUGUCGUGAGCUGGGCAACCGUGAUUGUCAAGGUUUUGAGACUCUCAUCCGAUGUACGAGAUCCUACAGAAGCUGUGACGGAUGCUGUGACGUGUGCAAAUGUCUUGCGCACCUUAUAUCAGUACAUGGGUCUUCUUCCUUUUGGGGCAUUCUGUCCAAGAAACAUUUUGAGGUGGAUUGAGAUCUUUCCGCUGUAUACGCUAAACGAAGAAGCCAUACGAACCAUAUUGUUUCUGUACAGCCGUGUUGCGGAGCAGGAAACGCGAAUUAUUCGCCCCAUUGAUCGUUCAGACGCUCUUCGCUCCGUUAUGCGCACCGUGAAAGCGUUUGAGCGUGGCAUUGUUCGAAAUGCAAGUGCCAAAGUUGUUGCUGACGUUAUUGUCCCCGAAUUCGACUCUGAAAACCCUGCCUCUUCUAACAAUGAAUUCCGGAGGUCUCGUUGCGGAAUGAUGUAUGAAUUAUUCACUGAAAAUUGUGUUUCCAAAAUGAGGCCACCUGUGGACAUUACUGAGUGUGCUAAGCUCAAUGUCGUGCCGGAGCUUUUCGCCCAUAUACCGCCCUAUCUUCUCAGCAAGGUGGCUGACGUGCUCUCCACGGCGCAAAUUAUGGAGCAUGCCUCAAAAACAGGGGCGCUGCUGCAGUGGAGUUCCGCCACCCACCUCAGGGAUCUGCAGCAAGGUGAUGUGCUCUAUGUUGAAGCUGUUGUGGAAACAGAAGAAACUGAAGGUAAACGGAAGAAGUCCGCGCGUCAACGUGCCGCCAAUGGAGCACGGUCAUUUCGUACUGCCCUUCAUGAUACUAUGCCGCAGAAUUUGCCAACUUUCCAAUUGGGCAACAACAAAAAAGAUCGAAGUGCCACUAACUUGGGAAGGGGCUCAACAGAGAAGGUUACAUACCGUUGGGCAAUUGCUUGGGCGCUGCAGGUUCGCGACGAUGAACAUUUAAUCAUAUUUAAUGGAAACGUGGAAGUACCACCAGGUUUUUCUCCGACAAGCGUCAACCUGGUGGGGCACUGCGUCCCGCUAUUUAUUAAACCAAAUUCCGAGGAGGUUCUGUGGACAAACCCAGGCUUUGCGUAUCACCCAGACAACACCCGAGUACAGUCGCUUCCCUUUACAAUCGGGUGGCUUCUCGGCAACAGCGUCGUCAACGAAGUGCCGUUUGGGAUUCGCCUCGCACCGCUGGCGUUCCAUUUAAUCGGAUUCGUGCUGAACCUUCACGCCUCUCUGAAGGAGCUUCCGGAGGAGCUCGGCAACUUUACCCUGGUUUACGAAGAACUGUUUACCCGGUCUGGCGAAAUAAGUAAAGCGCAAAUGACGGCAAACUUCGAACUUUUCUUUGAUCCCAAUGCCCCUGCGGAGCCACAGGACGGUGUUUCCUCGCCAACUUUUUCGGUUGCCAAUAUUCUCAUGAACCUCGGCAAAAACAACGCGAAUUCAUUGAUUUUCUGGGAUGAAGUGGCACGUGGGUUUAAAUAUACGGCACUUGGGCACAGUCCACUGUUGAAGAGUUGUUGUUCUCGUGUGGUACAAAACGUGCUGUGCGGCUUGAGCUCGGUUGAAGACAUCUAUAAGGGCACAUUUGUGUGGGAAAGCUAUUUUGUAUUCCUCCCGUCACCCCAAUUGGCCGAUCUUCCAUAUGCUGACCACGUGGUUCGCACCUUGCGAAAAUGUCUCAAGGAUGACUUCAUUGGGGAAGAAGUUCGUCGGCUGUUGAUGUUCUUUACCGGACAGUCACGAUUACCGGCAACGCCUCUCACGGAGUGUAUAAUUAUGACUUUUUCCUCAACCAAAAAGCCGUGUGCUCCCCACGAGCGAGAAGGCGAGGGCGUGGAUGACUCUUCUUUGCAGAUGCUGCCCAUGUUAUGGCAGGGACACCAUGUUCUUCAGCUUCCCAGUUCUUUGGAGUUAAUACUCAUCGGUUCACAUGUCACCGAAGCGAGCCCAGAGGCAUACGCGGCGGCGUGGACAGGGCGUUCCGCGGAGAAGCAAGCCAGUGCUUUGGAAACAUUUAAGAUCACCCUAAAGGAAGAACUACAUGCUACCGCGAGAAACGUCAAUAUGCAGAGCGGAAGAGGAGGAGGUGGCAGGGGGCAUCUGCGGCAGCAGAGAGCAGAAUUCAAGUCGAUAUGGAGCAGCAUUGCUGGAUCCCAGGAUGAGGAGAAGGAAGGGACUGAGGGUAUUUGUUCAGACGUCUCCAAUACGGCGUCGGCGUCUGCGCCAUCGUUGAAUGUAGUUUCAGGAGGGACAAAAGUAACUGGCGCUUUGAAGAGCAGCGGGGAUCUCGCGAAGUCGGGCGCUUCGUUGCCACACUCUACGCAAAAAAAGGUCGGAGUCGCGGGGGCUAGCGACGACGAAAAUGAUGACAAAGACAAGAACAACACGCCUGAGAUCGUCUCAAAAGUGCCACCGUUUGUGCUUUCCAGGUACAAUAAGGAAAGAAAGCUGCAACUGAGCAAGGCGGCGGUAUGA